CACGUGAUCUGGGAGUGCUGACUUAUGUAAGGAAAUCUACUGGUCAAUGAAAUCCAAGCGACACUGCAUCCCCCAGUACUGCUGUCGACCUUGCGCUCCAUAGCUCAAUUCACCGAACACCCGCGAUCUCCAAUUCGAGCCAAUUGAUAUCGCAAUCAUGCGGAGAACACUUCGCCUGCUCGCGGGCGUCAAGCCUGCUCGUUAUCUCGAAGCCGGCACCCCGACAGGUCUCACCGGCCUCUGGACGCACAACAGCCCGCGGUCGACACUGCUCUACCUGUACGGUACCACCCUCGAGAAGCUCCAGACGGUCCCCGAGUCCUCCCUCUACCGCCAAUCGGUCGAAGCCAUCACGAAGCACCGCCUCAGCCUCGUCGAAGCGACGGUACCGCCCGGAUACCCCGAGUGGGAGAAGAGGGCCGAGCAGAUUGUCAAGGAGAAGCCCGAACAGUUCCGCCUCGUUAGCGGCCGCGUCGACGGCAGCGGCGCGCGGACGGUGAAGCUCGGCGGCAGGACGUUUGUCGUCGCGACCCAGCACGAGGAGCAGGACGUCCGCUACGAGGAGUGGGACGGCGAGAAGGAUGAGGGCGGUACCCUGGAGGGCCCCCGUAGCGAGGCCGAGCGAAAGGACCACCAGCUUCUCGCCGACCGCAAGGACCUGAACGACAUCGCCAAGGUGCAGUGGGAGGCGGAGCCGCAAUUGACAGCCGACCAGAUUUCCGAGUUGGAGACCAAGAUCGGAGCUGGCCUCAUUGAGGAGGUCAUUCAGGUUGCCGAGGGCGAGCUGAAGCUCGUGGAUGUGAUGACGCAGGCCAAGGUAUGGGAGGACCUUGAGGAGAAGCCUGUUGAGGGCCAGUGGACUUACUUUGAGCGCAAGUCUGCGUAAGCGGAUGCUUCGUACUGCUGAAGACACUUGCGAAUUCUAGAUAAUGUACAUUAGGCGACUGUGAUGACCAAAGAUACAUCGAGAUGUUGCUUUUUCCCCUUCCUAUGGCUUGCUACGCACAUCAAGGCAGUGAUCGUGAAAGUGCUUUUCCCCCUACGUUCUAUA